GGCUCAAGUCUUUUAGUUUUAAUUUUAUUCAAAUUUAAAAAAACGUCCCAACUUUUCCGGAAUUCGGGUUGUAUUAGUUUUAUAUUCUGUAAUGACGAUAGAGGUCUUCGUUAGGUGGGAGUGUGUUAUGUGUGUGUUUAGUAUCUAUGGCUGACUCUAAGGGUGUGGCUCAAGAUGUUACAACACUUUUCCAGAUAUGACUAUGCCUGACUCUGAAAAUAUAUCUGCAGUGAAAAUUUUCUCAUACUUCCUUUUUUUAUUGAUAUUACACUACAUCAGUGCUGCUUUCUGUUAAAGUCUUCACCACACCCAGAGAAAACGCUACAGCGGAGCAGAUGGCUGCGAACCCCACCAAACCAUCCGGACAGACGGGCAAGAUGAAGAAGGAUGAGUCGCUGCUGGGAAAACUGGGAGGAACGUUAGGUCGCAAAAAGAAGCCGAAAGAAGCGAGUGACCUUCAGGCAGAGGGUAAGAACGCCAUCAACGCCCCCCUCCUGCACGCCAGCCCGGAGCUGCUCCCUGAGGACACGUUGCUUGAGGAAAAUGCAGAGAGGACCAUUCUAGACCCCACGUCCAGAGAAGACCUCAAUUUUAAAGACCUCCAGAAGGUUCUCAUUGACUGGAUCAACAGUGAACUGGAGGAGGACCGAAUCAUCGUGAAAGACCUUGAGGAAGAUCUGUAUGAUGGACAGGUGCUGCAGAAACUGUUUGAGAAGCUGUCGGGUCAUAAGCUGAAUGUGGCAGAGGUGACUCAGUCCGAGAUCGGACAGAAGCAGAAACUGCAGACGGUUCUAGAAGCUGUUAAUGGAAUUCUCAGACCGCUGGACUGGAACACGGAGUGGAGUGUCGACUCAAUCCACUCUAAGAACCUGGUGUCCAUCGUGUACCUGCUGCUGGCGCUCGCCAUCUACUACGCGGCUCCCAUCCGCUUACCUGAGCAUGUGUCCGUCAAAGUGAUCGUGGUCAAGAAAAAGGAGGGAAUCCUGCAAACUGCUCAUGUGACCAAACAACUCACAAGUACCACAACAGAAAUGAUGAUCGGAAGAUCAGAACGUGAUGCUUUUGACACCUUAUUGGAUCACGCACCUGACAAACUGAAUGUAGUGAAAACGUCGCUGAUUACAUUUGUGAAUAAACACUUGAACAAACUGAACCUGGAGGUGACAGAGCUGGAAUCACAGUUUGCAGAUGGUGUCUAUCUGGUGUUACUGAUGGGACUGUUAGAAAAUUACUUUGUGCCACUGUACAACUUCUACCUCACGCCUGAAAGCUUCGAACAGAAGGUGCAUAAUGUCUCAUUUGCUUUUGAGCUCAUGCAAGAUGGUGGAUUACUGAAACCCAAAGCGAGACCAGAAGACGUGGUGAACUUGAAUCUGAAGUCAACACUCAGGGUGCUUUACAACCUUUUCACCAACUACAAGAACUCCGAGUAACACUGAAAGCGAUCUGAGGAAAGUCUCUACAUGCCUCACUGAUGCUAGGGCUUCUGUGCUCACACAUGCACACACAUCCCUGGUGUUACUUUUGUACGUAAGAAUGAAAUAUUUUGUAUUAUUUGGCUUAUUUAUGCCCAGAAUCGAAUGUAUUCAGCCUUAAUGAUGCGUCAGUGUAGCAGCUCAUUAAAAUAUUUUAUUUUUCUCGCAUUUGACUUACGCAAACGAGGCCUGCCACUGCUUUAAGCACUACACCGGAUUGACUAUUUGUCCUGGAAUGCACUGUGUAUUUUAUUCUAAUAGAAAUGCUGUAAUUAUUUCAAAUAAACAAGUACUUUCUACAUGCCGGGAUGAAUUCAUUUUGACAUUUUGAGUCUUGAUGGUCUCAAAAAAUGAAUUUAUAGAGGUUUUUUGAUUUAAAAUAAACAGUUGAGUAUCACGUUUUGAUACACAGAAUUAUUCAUGCUUAAAAACCUUGGUCUGUAUAAAUGUUUCACCUUCAUGUGUCUCACACGGGUUUAAAGAUUCAUUUGGUGGGAUUCAUUAUGACAGACCUGCACUGUACCUUUAAUUUAUUUAGUGCUGUUUGCUAGAUGAAGCAUCACUAUUAGUAUUGCUCACACUUAGUGUUACAAAUUUACAGCUGCCAGAUGAUAUACAUUAAAGGUUGACCCUUAACUUUU